GAAAUUACGCAAUGGAAACAAAACCACAUGGUCUGACAUGGAUUAUCAUCACUGAGCUAUAUCAUGGUCAUAUUGUUUUGGUUAAAAUGGUAUUAACAAUCGUUUCAAGAUAAUAAAAUAGAGUGAUGGAAAAUCCGAUACUUUAUUCAGAACAACGACGUAACAAAUUGUGUUCAUUGCAUGAGGUGAAAUUGGUUUAAUUUGAAAACGGAUACCUUUCUAAGCGAUCAUUUUAAUAUGGAUCCUGAGACAGCAACAAACCUCCAGAGUCCCUGCGAGGAACAGCCUGAACAGACUAUGGAAAUUGAAAGUAGUAACAUCAAUAAUAACGGGGGAGACAUUCUUCAAAAAGAUGCGGUCGAACCAAAAGUUGGAUAUACCGGUACCUGCAACCAUAACGAUAUCUCCGACCCGCCGGUAAGAGAUUGCAGUAGUAACCAAAAAACAGCCCACGAAAACCUCAAAAACGAGUUGACUUCAAAUACGACUGCUUUAGAGAGAACAGAUUUGAUUAUUCCAGCAGAUGUUGAUACGGGGGAACCUAAUGUCAUUUCUUCUGAUAAUAAUGAAGGAAAUUUUUGCCACGCUCGUUCAAACAAUCUUGUCGUAACCCACAACGGUAGCAACCAGUCGCUUGACAAGGAAGAUGUUUCCAUUAAACACAGUCUUCCUAAUGAGAGUGCAGUUCCUGACGAGCAAAAUGCCAGAAUUGAUUCUUCAGUGGGCUGCGAAAGCCUGAUGGCUGAAGAAGCUCACCAAACUGAGACCUUUCCCGAGGAUCUUCUUGUCGUUUUAUCUAUUGCUGAAGAAGACAUGCGAGCGCAUCGUUUGAGGUCAGCACCAAUUCCUAGAGAGAGAACGAAUGGUACGAAUCACAUUGUGGCAUUCAUCGAAGAUGAAUUCUUAGAUACCUCAUCGUCGAGCAGCGAGUCUGAUGAUUCAGAUUCAAACAGUGAUGAAGAUAGAGCAGAAGACAGUAAAGUCGAGAGAUCAAAAAUGCAAGAAGGAGAAACAAGCUAUGAUACGGGCCCACCUAAAACUAAGGAUGAAAUCAUGCUUUCGGAUCUCCCCAACGUUGAUCCACUUAAUCUUUUCGUAGAUAAAUCUGUUGUAAUAGAGCCAUUGGGAAAAAUUGAAAGUAUAAUUUAUGGGGAAGCAUUGGUCAUAAUCAAGUCAUUCGAACUCGUUCCCGCAGUUGACGCUGACAGUAUCUUGCUGUUGGAAAAUCGAUCUGGCUUUGGGAAAGUAUUUGAGAUAUUCGGUCAAGUGAAAUCUCCGCAUUAUUGUGUAAGAUUUAACAACGAUGAAGAAAUCAAAUCAACAAAAGUUGAAGUUGGGCAAACGGUGUACUACGCUCCGCAGGCGAAAGAUGUCACUCAUUUUGUAUUCGUCUCCAAACUGAAAAAUGCGAAGGGAUCUGAUGCCUCCUGGAAACAUGAUCAGGAACCACCUGAGAUGUUAUUGGAGUUCUCAGACGACGAAGCUGAGGCGAAAGCAAAAGCAGGGAGGAAAAAAGCGAAUCAGCUGAAGAAAAGAAAUGAAGGGCACCUUCAAGAGAAAGACACGACGGAAGCAACCAUCCAAACUAAAAAGCAAAAAUCGUCAAGAAAAUCUUGCAAACACGCACAAACAAAAUCGCAACAUCGAUCUCAGGCUACCCUCCGACCCUCUCAGCAGCCGUCCCACGUUGUUCCCCGUCCCUAUCAACACCCACGAGCCCUCAGAAUACCACCAGCAUCAUUAAGACACCAAACACCGCCAGGACCCAAUGUGUCAAGAGGCCCAUGUCAACCAUUUCCCCCGCCUCACGUGGGACCACAUUUUGAUCAACAGUAUUAUCCGCAAGCUGCACACAGAUUUGCCUGUGGACCGCGAUACGGCCCUCCGCACGAUAAUUUUAUGAUACCUCAAGGACCGCCCGAAUACAUUCAGGGGCAUUACAGUCAAAGGGUGCCGGGUACCGAAUUUAUUGGACCACCAUUCCAAAAUAUGGUUCCACCGCCAGGGGUGCGUGGCACCUCACACAACGUGGGGCUGGGGGCUUCUCCUGUUGAGCGACCUGAUCAUCCAAAUACGAUGGCACAAGAACAAGCGACCGCAUCAUAUUUCAAUCAACCACCAUCACAAAAUGUAAUGCAAAGACCACCGUGUAUAACAGCGACGCAGCCGUGGAUGAGUGGUGGUAAUGUUUUACCAAAUAUGGCACCUAUGAGCCGUUGGGCUGUCGAUCAACCCCACACAAGGGUAGGACAAUCACCCCCACCUCUAAUGCAACAACACCCAUCACAGCCACCAAACAUGAAAUACGAACACGCGCAAAAUAUAAGAGAAGAUCUCUCACAUCAUGAAACUCGACCAUCGAUGACUCAAGGUAAUGCUUCACCCUGUACGCCGCCUGUGAACCUCCAUCGUUUGCCCACCACGCAAGGGUCUGCAAUGGAGCAUUCGUCACAGCCAGACCCGCCAGGUGUAAAAUCACCAAAGAACCCCAUUCAAACAGGUCAAAACUUUGGGGAAGUUCCUGAACCGCCUAAAAUAGUACAGGAUUAUCUCGAUUCGUAGACAGUACAGUUGAAGGGCCGUGAAAGAGAGGGAAUUUGUAUUGAACAGAUGGACACUCCUCGUCAAUAAACUGUCCCUGACUCCCUGUUCUUGUUUAUAUUACUUUUAUUGGGUUCUUUCAGUUUUGACAAAAUAAGCCACCAUUUCGGGUGCAUGACAUGAGCCUUUUCUUUAACUGAUUAGCUUGAUUACUGUAAAUCCGUAGUCGUGCAAUUUCAGUUGUUUGGUUUGAUAUCAACCAGCGGUAUUUUUAAUUUGCCACCCAAAAAUACCGACAGGGGACAAGAAGUUCGAACUAUGACGCCACUAAAAAUUGCUUGAUCACGAGAUCUGGAUUUUGUUUCAAAUGAUGAAAUCAACAAAGAAACAUUUCAGAGUCUUAAAUUUGUUGCAUGGUUACGGUAUACUUAAGAUUUCCCUCACAACCGCAGGUUAUUCAUUUUAACAGUACGGUGAACCAACUGCAUACCAGAAAACGCAAUGGAGUUUUUGCUUGUGCCGUUAAAACGAUUCUUCCAAGUAGCAUCCCUUUCCAAAAAUUGGCUUGCCACAUAUGCCUUGCAAACGGAUCUUCCUGGAUACCUUUUCUCUUUUUCUUCUUUUCCAUGCAAAAAUAAUCUCAUUAAACGUAUCUUUGAAUUUGAUCCCAACCUUUGAAUUUCCUUGAAGAACUGUUUUGUUGUUGGCUUUUCUUGAAUCGCCAUACUUUUCUUCUUAUUAAACAUCUAUUUAAACAUAUAUUUAACGGAAUUUUUCCCAACCUUGGAACUUCUUGAAAGAAUUGCUUUGUUCGCAAAGCACAAGAGGUUUGGUUCCUGAGAAAUCUUAAAUACUGAGUUUGUAAUUGCAUGUAUUCAAGUGAUAUAAGACUGAUGAAAGAGCAUAAGUAAAUGGUCACACUAUGCUUGAUUCGGCAGUCACGACAUAUUUUUACGUUUCACAGAAGAUUUGUCUGGGCACAUGAAAUAAAAACCUUCACAGCUAUUUCAAUACCUGCAAAAUUUGAUCUGGUCCCGUAUCGAGGGGUUAAAUUCAUGUAAUUGCAAAUAUCGUGUGAUUUUCGUGUAAUUUUCUGUGUUUAUUUUUGUCCUGAAAUAGUCGACUGUAUUGUAGUGAUUCUGCAGCUUUAGAUACACGUAUAUAUUUGAAGAAGUGCAUGGUAGUAAAAAAGUUGAUGUGCAUGGCCAUUAAUUGCUUCUUAAAUAAAUCUGAAGCUACUUAAAAUUGCUAGGAAACGCGAAACUCUUUCGUGCUUUUAUAUCGAAGUGCAUGCUUUUUAGAUUCCUACAUUGCUUUUCUUUUAUCCCCCUUCUGUUAUUUAGUUGCGAGGCCGGACUUAAGUAAUUGUUAUUAAUAUGGCUGCUUACCUAAGAGCGGUAUAUCCGCUCAUAUACGGUGAGUUAAUGGCCUGGAUUUUUUUUGUUUUAGAUGCCAAAGCGCGGGUAGAGGUUUUCUCCUUUUUGCGAAUGAGUAUGUUUCUCUUUGAUCUGCCCAGGCGUUGGUCAAUUUAACGUGUAAACAUUCCGCGAAAGAUUGACUGAAUUAAGUCAAUAGCUGAUCUAGUUAAAUUUUUUAUACAAUA